AUGGAAAAGACGGAGCAGCCUCUCACCGAUGAGGUGCAAUUGGAGCAAAUGGGCCAUGCCCAGAGUUUUGAGCGCAGAUUCAGUCGAUGGACUAUGCUGGGGUUGGCUUUUGCCAUUCUGAACUCGUGGACUGCGUUAUCCGCCUCUCUAUCGCUGGCACUGCCGUCCGGUGGUCCCAUUGCCGUGGUAUGGGGUCUAGUCACGGCCGGCGUUUGCAAUUUGUCGCUCGCUGCCAGUCUGGCCGAGUUCCUGUCGGCGUAUCCCACGGCCGGAGGACAGUACCACUGGGUAGCCAUGAUUGCACCUAAGUCAUUACGACGAGGACUCUCAUGGACGACGGGAUGGAUUAGCGUUUCUGGCUGGGUCGCCCUGGUGGCUACCAACAGCUCUCUGGCCAGCUCGCUCGUCAUCAACAUGAUCUCUCUGCUCAAUCCCGACUAUGUUUCACAGAGAUGGCACCAGUUUCUGAUCUACUUGGCGAUUACAUUUUUGGCAUUCGCGGUCAAUGCGUUCCUUACGCCGCUUCUGCCCAAGCUCAACCAUUUCGUCUUGUUCUUCAGCAUCGCCGGUUUCCUCACGAUUUCCAUCACGGUCCUGGCCUGCGCUGCACCCGACUAUGCCACACCCAGCUACGUGUUUGCGACGUUUAUCAACACCACUGGCUGGCCCGACGGAGUCGCUUGGCUCUUGGGCCUUUUGCAAGGAGGUCUUGGUCUCACGGGCUUCGACGCUGUGGCCCACAUGAUUGAAGAAAUUCCCGAUGCCGCUCUGGAUGGUCCCAAGGUCAUGAUUGAGUGUCAGUACAUUGGCAUUUCCACCGGAUUUCUCUUCUUGGUCGUGCUACUCUUUGCUUCUGGCGGAGCAGACAAUGCCUCGGACAUUAUUUCAUCAACUGCGGGACCGCUGCUGGAAAUCUUUUACAUUGCCACCAACAACAAAGCGGGUGCUGUCUGCCUCCUCAUGUUCCCCUUCUUGUGUCUGGUUUUUGCCGGAAUAGCCUGCCUGACCACUUCGUCGCGUAUGGUUUUUGCCUUUGCCCGAGAUGGCGGUCUUCCUGCAUCUUCUUUGUGGUGGAAGGUCCACAAGCGCCUGGACGUGCCCAUGAACGCGCUGUACUUGAAUGUGGGAGUCGUUGUCGUCUUUGGACUGAUUUACCUGGGAUCCACGGUUGCCUUUAACGCCAUCAUUGCUUCUGCCGUCACCGCGCUUGGUCUAAGUUACGGCAUCCCCGUCGCGUUGAGUGUAAUGUCUGCGCGCCGCAAGCUGCCUGAGAGAGCAUUCGCGCUGCCCGAGUGGUUGGGCUGGACCGCAAACAUCAUCGGCCUGGUCUAUACCAUUGUCACGACUGUCUUGUUCUUGUUCCCUCCUGCCAUUCCGGUCGAUGGAACUACGAUGAAUUACUGCAUUGUUGCAUUUGCCAUCAUCUUUCUCAUUUCUGGACUGCAGUGGAUUGUGGACGGGCGCAAGAACUUUGUUGGACCGAGAGUGACUAUCCACGGUGAAACUGUCAGAGCAGUCGAGGUUGAAGCUUGA